GCCCAAUCGCGCAUAAUUCUUCAUUUUGCAUCCCAAAGGGAGGACGCGAUGACAAUCCACUCUCGGCAAGUCCAGAGACAAAAGCGUUCGUCUUAUUUCAUGCGCCACCCUCUGCUGUGACGCCGAGUCCUGGUCGUAUUUUGGCUGCUUGCGCUGCUGUGGCCCAAGAAGCAUGAACUGAGGUCUGGGCGGUUGUUCCUGCCUUGCUCAAAUUUGGUGGUGCCCCUGUCGCUUUCCAGUCCUAUUUUUUUCUCCUCACCUUCCCCUGCAAUUUUUUGCCCUUGACGAUACGCCGCCGUCGCCGCCCGAGCUUGUGCGGACCUUCCCUCCGGCGCCGACAAGUCGAGCCCCCAACGCACAACCUUUCACCCUCUGCUCGACUUACGCUGGCAAAAGGCACUGCUCCCUUUUGCCCCAGCACGUACGAAUCGAUUCAAAUCCCGAGCCUAGAAGCAACCUCUAGCCCUCGCACCGAGCUCGGUACCUAGCCCACCAUGGCCGCUCUGGGAGAUGACUUGUUGUCGACUGUCAACAAGCUCCAGGACCUGGUGUUCAACACCAUCGGAAACGACUCGCUCGAUCUGCCCCAGAUUGUCGUUGUCGGUUCGCAAUCGGCCGGAAAGUCGUCGGUGCUCGAGAACAUCGUCGGUCGUGACUUUUUACCCCGCGGCAGCGGCAUCGUCACCCGACGGCCACUGAUCCUGCAGCUCAUCAACGUCGAGGACGACGGCCCCGAGGAAGCCGACACAGGCUACCACCACCCCGACGCCGCCCGCCGCUCGGAAUGGGCCGAGUUCCACCACAUCCCCAACCGUCGGUUCAACGACUUUGGCGAUGUCAAGCGCGAGAUCGAGAACGAGACGUCGAGGAUAGCUGGCACCAACAAGGGCAUCAACCGCCAGCCCAUCAACCUCAAAAUCUACUCCCCCCACGUCCUGAACCUCACCCUGGUCGAUCUUCCGGGACUGACAAAGGUUCCCAUUGGUGAUCAGCCCACAGACAUCGAGAAGCAAACGAGGACCCUUAUUUCCGAGUAUAUCGCCAAGCCCAACAGCAUCAUCCUCGCCGUCUCCCCCGCCAACGUUGAUAUUGUGAACUCCGAGGCCCUGAAGCUCGCCCGCCAUGUCGACGGACUGGGCCGGAGAACUAUCGGCGUCCUGACCAAAGUGGAUCUUAUGGACCAUGGCACCAACGCCUUGGACAUCCUCUCCGGGCGCGUCUACCCCCUGAAGCUGGGCUGGAUCGGCGUUGUCAACCGGUCCCAGCAGGACAUUCAGGGGAACAAGCCCAUGCAGGAUGCGCUCCAGGCCGAGGCCGAAUUCUUCAGACACCACCCCGCCUACAGGAAUAUUGCGACGCGAUGCGGCACCCAGUACCUGGCUAAAAUCCUCAACUCGACCCUGAUGUCCCAUAUCCGAGACCGCCUCCCUGAUAUCAAGGCGAGGCUGAACACUCUCAUGGGCCAGACACAACAGGAGCUGGCGAGCUAUGGGGACAUGCACUUCCACGGCAAGGAGCACCGCGGAUCGCUGAUUCUGCAGCAGAUGACCCGCUUCGCCACGUCCUUCAUCUCGUCCAUCGACGGCACUUCAACCGAGAUCUCUACCAAGGAGCUCUGCGGCGGCGCCAGGAUAUACUACAUCUUCAAUUCCGUCUUUGGAAGCUCCCUCGAGUCCAUAGACCCCACCUCAAACCUCACCGCCUUGGACAUCCGCACUGCGAUAAGAAACUCAACCGGACCCAGGCCGAGUCUUUUCGUUCCCGAGCUGGCCUUUGACCUACUCGUCAAGCCCCAGAUCAAACUCCUCGAGAUCCCCAGUCAGCGCUGCGUCGAGCUGGUGUAUGAGGAGCUGAUCAAGAUCUGCCACACGUGCGGAUCAACGGAACUCACGCGCUUCCCCAGACUGCAGACCAAACUUAUCGAGGUGGUCUCGGAUCUGUUGAGGGAACGCCUCGGCCCGGCCUCGACCUACGUCGAGUCGCUGAUCUCGAUCCAGCGCGCCUACAUCAACACGAACCAUCCCAACUUCCUCGGCGCCACCGCUGCCAUGAGCAACGUGGUGAAUGACAGGCAGGAGCGGGAGCGGAUGAAGUUGAUACAAGAGGAGCGGGAGAGGCGGGAGAAGCGCCGGAUGAAGGAGCUUGGCAACGGCGUCGACGGACCUGCCGACGACGACGAUAACGCCUCGGUCAUUGGUGCCGCUGCCGCUGCGGGUGAGAAGACGACGGCCGCGAUACUCCGGAAGCAAGCUGCAAAGUCCGGGGCCCGUAGCUUAUCACCCGCGGUUCGAGAAAACGGCACCGCACUGUUACCGUCGAGCCUCAACGGCACGGCGCGCUCAGCAUCUCCAGCGCGGUUUAACGCACAGGGUGCAGGCGGUGCCAAGGACUCCUUCCUCGGAUACUUUUUCGGCAAAGACGGGCCUGGUGGUCUGCCUACCGGCGGCAGCCAGGGAAGCCGACACGCUCCCUCACCUUCCAGCUCGUCCUUCGGCCCGGGGGUCAGGAGGAACGAUGACAUGGGCCUGCGGUCGCCCAUACAGACUUUCCGCGAUAAUGAAGAGUUUGCCCUGAAGCCAGGCGGGGGCGACUCUUUUGCUCAACCUUUUGGUACCGGCGGAGAUCCAGCGCUGACGGAGCGAGAGGCUAUGGAGACGGAGCUCAUCCGAGCUCUCAUCUCAUCAUACUUCAAUAUUGUGCGCGAGUCCAUCGCCGACCAGGUGCCCAAGGCCAUCAUGCACCUACUGGUCAACCACUGCAAAGACGUGGUACAGAACCGGCUGGUCAGCGAGCUCUACAAAGAAUCCAUGUUCGAAGAGCUGCUGUACGAGGACGACGGGGUCAAGGAGGAGCGCGAAAAGUGCGAGAAGUUGCUCCAGACGUACCGCGAAGCUUCCAAGAUUAUUGGAGAAGUGCUAUAAGCAACAUCAGCAUUAUGAGGCAGAUGGGAGGACGACAAAUAGACGCUAUAGACAUGGAACGAGGCAACAAAAAAGGCCAGGUGGCUAGGGGGAAGCGAGGCCGGCGCCGAAGUGAUGGGAAAGGCUGUCAUCCGGUCUGCCCGCUGCUCGCGCGUGCCCGACUUUGGGCGGGACACCUCAAAAGGGGAACAGACGUCGCUUUACGGCACCGCUCGGGGAUCUGUCGUGCUUUCCGCGAUUUUAUUUGGUUAGGCGGGAGGCGCUUUGUGUAUUUAUUAAGUGCAGCUCUUCUCCUAUUUCGGAGCCUGUAAUCUGACUGUCUCGUCUUUUCUCGCGA